AUGCUCCUAGUACAUAUAUCUCCCGCUAGAUUACACAAUCAGGCCGAUAUCGACAAACUCGUACAAGCAACUCUUAUCCUUGGUAGUUUAUACACAAAUUCACAGCCGCCGCAUUUGAGCAAACUAAUAACGGGCGUAGUACCACGUUUGAUUGAAACCGCUACAGUCUGCAGCUGUCCAAGUGUACUCGAAUACUUAUUCAGGUGCUUGAGGAAUGUGGGAUUAUACUACAACAAUAUGAGCACAGUAUUAGCUACCACUCAGGGUGGUAUCGACGGUGACGCAAUGUAUAUCGAUGACGACCUCAGUUGCAAAGCGAUCACAGAAUUAAAUGCAAUAUUUCUCUCCCCGCAUUUACCUAGUCUGUUCAGACAUCUCAAAUCAACUAAUAAACAACUUAUCAUCAAUCUUCUUACUUUGCUCACAGCUGCGAAUGAUUCCCGACAAAAGGCAUCUCUUGUUGCCAUCGAUGGUUUACUCGACUAUGUGGUCAGAUACACGUUCUGUGAUGUUCAGAAAGUCCAAAUUGCUGCACUUAAAGCACUAGGAAUUUUAUGCAAGGAUUACCCACCAGCUGUUAUGGCUUUGAGGCAGGUUGACCCACGUGCUAUUCAGUCUUUGACUACAUUUUUUGAAUGUAAGAAUCCCCAGUUGAGAUUGGAAGCUUGUGUGGCAUUGGUUCAUAUUAUUAAAAGCCAACAAUCAGAUUUCCACAGGACAGAUGGGCCACCUACAAUUCAAUUAAUAUCUACGAUAGACAGACCAAAAGCACUGGAGCUGAUAGAACAAUUGAUCCGACUUUUAGACGAGUCUCUUGAAAUUCAGAUACCAACAUCAUUCAUAUUGGCUAAUAUACUAUCUGACGCGACUGAUCUGGAAGAUCAUGCGUGUAAAUCAGGUAUAUUGGGCAAAUUAAAUGAUAUCUUUGAGAUAUGCUUAUCUUGCCAAGAUGAUGAAUAUAAUGUCGAAGGAAGUCAGCUAUCAAGGGACAAUUUGCGUCUUCAGGAAGGCAUACUGAUGAUAAUAGCUGCACUCGCUUUGCACUUGGAUGAAUUACGUACUGCAAUUGUCGAAGCACAGCUCUUAAAACCUGUCGCUAUAUCACUCAAACAUUCGGCAAAAGGUAUACGAGGAUCAGCAGCCCAGUGCGUCCGAGCACUCUCUAGGAGUGUAGGUGUAUUGCGCACUUCACUCGUCGACUCCGGCGUAGAGCUCACUUUACUGGAUAUUAUAUCAAAUGAUGAAGAAGAUGAACGCAACAGGGUGAUCGCUUUGAUGGCUCUCGCUAAUCUUGUUUGUGGUUUUUCACCACUCAAACAAAAACUUAUUCAAACUGGCGGUGUUAAGAUUUUAGUUAAACUAACUUAUUCUCUUUCUUAUAAAGUUCGAUUGAACACUUUAUGGGCUAUAAAGAAUAUGGUAUUUGCAGCGUCGACUGAACUUAAGAGGUUCGUUUGUGACCAAAUCGGAUGGGAACAUUUUAGCAAUCUCCUCAAAGAUCCAAAUAUUGAAGUAGUUGAGCAAGUUUUGUUUGUUUUGCGAAAUCUAGUUACACGAGAGCUAGAUAUCGGAUUAGUUUAUAAUGGGUUUGGCGGUCAGGAUAAAUUCUUGGAAGCCAUUGAACAGAAAUUCCAAACAAAUCAAGUCGAAAUAUUAUUACAAACUGCCUACAUCAUCAAUAACGUCGCAACUGGUUCAGAUGAGCAGAAGAGGUCACUCUUAUGGCGUCCCAUCAUUUGUCAAGGGUUGCACAGACUUUUGACACAUUGGGAUGAAAGAUUAAGAGCCGCAUCUGCGUGGACAUUGCGUAAUUUGACUAAUCAGACUGAUGGCCAAGCGUAUAGAUCACGAAUUGAAAUUCUUACCCGUAUGCGUUCAUUGGAAUUUGACAAAAAGCUAGCAACAUUAUCAGAAGAUCAUUACUCCGUUAGCGAACCUGCACGAUUAGCCUUAUCAAGCGGAUGUGUUUGA